AUGUGGAUCAAGCCGAAUACAUCAAAGAACUACAGUCGGAGAGGUGAUGAAAAAAAAAGAAAGUCGGAUUCGAGUCACAAGACGUGUCCGGGCAAACGCAUUUCAAGAGGUGCUCCCGGAUUCCUUUUCCAGGCUGGAUCGAGUGGAAUGUGUGUGCAUCAGCGAAACCAUAAGAGGUACAAGAAUGAGAGAAGUCGAGAACAGGAUCCUGGCAAACAGCCACAAAGCCACUCGGCGCUCAUCUCCACCAGGCACCGGCUUGAGGGGAAGAUCCUGGGAGGUGCGCGCGUCAACCGUCAACCGUCAAGCGUCAACUUGGCAGGUGGCAGUGUUCCUUUUGGCUAG